GUGGACACGAUGGCAGAGGAAGACGAAGGCGAUGAGGAGGAAGAUGAGGAAGGAGAAGAGGACGAUGACAAACCGGUCAGUAUCAACUCCGAUUCCGAUGGUGGAAGUGACGUGGAAGAGCCUGCGGAAACCGACCACCAGCAGCACCGAUCGACGGCGAAACCGAAACUGGCGGACGAAGGCGAGAAGCAGAAGAAAAAGAAGACGGAAGGUGGUGAUCGGCUCCCGAUGCUCGAGGACACGGUCCGAGUGGCAACGCCAGAGGUGGUCCAAAAAUCACUCCACAGCGGCGGCAGCAAACCUUCGAACGGUGGGUUUCCUGUUGCCAUUAGCAACCAGAACGGUGACGGUAGCGGUGGUGACUGUGAUGGUGACGUAACGUUCCUGAGCGACAAGGAGGACGAUUGUGUGGUGAUAGAGGACGACGAAGUGGACGGAGAGAUGCCGCCGGCGACCGGAAGCGCAUCGAUGACGGAAGCCGGUACGGUGCGUUCGCGAUCGAGCGCGUCCCGAUCGCGACGGUCGCUGCCACCCGGGAUCAUGCUGCAUGCUGCGGGAGGGGCAGCCCCGCCGUCCCUGGUGUCCACCGACGAUGAGGACGACGACGAUGACGACAUACAGGAGAUCAUCGACGAUCCACUUGCUCCGGACACGACCGGAGGGGCGAUGCGGGGUUCGCUGCUGGCGGCAGUCGGUGGUAGCGGUCAGCUCGGUUCGUUCCCGGUGGCCUACAAGGGAUCAUCGCAAAAAUCGCUCCUUAUGAACAGUAGCGGCGGGGCAUCAACGGGAAGCGGAACCGGAAAGGACCCACCGACGCUGGUCAUCAUCGACACCAACACACUGAUGAACAAUCAACGAUCGGCGAACGUUCUCGGAGCGCCCGGAUCACCGGCGACGGGUAUGGGAAACAAUGCCUCCCUACUGGCCAAAGCCGCUGCAAUCGCUGCGGGAGGAAGCCCCAUGGGAGGAGGUGGAGGGUACGGUAUGGCCGGCAAUGCUCUCGCCGUCGCCGCCGCUGCCGCAGCCGCCGCCGGUGGUCAGUUUGUGGGCAAUUCGCGCAGUUUGCUAAACUCCGUAUCGCCCUCGGCGACGUCGGCGGGCGUACUGAUGGCGGGUGGUAACUACGCCAAGGUUGUGGCACCACCGUUGACCCCGGUCACUCCUCUGCUGCCCGCCCUGACCGACGAUAUGUUCGUGCUGGAGGCACCCUCGUUUAUCGUGCCGUACAUCUACGAGAAGCCGCCGGUCGACAAUCUGCGCGACAUCGUCGACGACCUGGAGGUGCACAUCAAGGAGAUGCGCAAAAAGUUAGACGAGUCCGGUGGCGGAUCGGUCGACCCAUUAGCCACCGCCGCCGCGGACGCGGCGGAAGGUGCGGACAAAAAGGACGCCGCCAGCAACCAACAGUCAGCGGCGGCGGACGCAAGUGCGACCGCCGAAGCGAGAUCGGCGCCGGAUGCUACCCAGAAGGAACCCGGCCGCGAUACCGGCCGGAAGCGGAAGCGGCCCACGGACGAUGAUGACGAGUGGGACGAACUGGACACGUCCACCGACGACGAAGCGUCAGACGAGGAGCACAAGACGAAGGUGCUGAUCAAGGAGGUGAAAGCGGACAUGGAGCACAUCAUCCUGCCGUCGUCGGAAAAGGAUGUCCUCGGAGGUGGCGGCGGUGGCGGCGUCACGGGCAGUGGGAGCACGGCCGGUGGGGGGGACGCGAAAAAGUCGGAAAACUACUUCGAGAACCCGCUCGGCAAGUUCUUCAUGAACAUCGGCAUCAACCUGGUGCAGGAGUUCGUGCAGACCGAUCUGCUGCGGCAGCAGAAGCGGAAGCGCGACCGGGAGGGCAAACCGUCGCCGAGCACGCAGCUCGCGAUCAACUCGCUGAUGAAGAACCUGGAGCAGAGCAAGGAGAACAACAAACCGUACAAGUUCGAGGUGAAGCGCUGCGAGUACUGCCCGUUCCGGUCCGAGUCGUCGCUGGUGAUGGCGCACCACUACGAGACGCCGCACAUGCGCAACUUCGUGUACAAGUGUAACUUCUGCGCGUACGAGACGCGGCCACCGCACGACAUCCUCUUCCACAUGGAGGCGGUCCACAACAUCAAGGGGCGCAUGGAGAAGGCGCUCUCGUACCACCACUGCCCGAACUGUCUGUUCGAGGACAAUGGCAAAUCGAAGCUCGCCCGGCACGCGGUGGCGUGCGCGAAAAAGUUCCGGCCCGAGAUCAACCUCAACCCACCGGUCGACUGGGAGCCGCCGGCAAAGAUACCGCGCAUCAAGCCGAAGCACGGUCUCGUCGGCACCGCCACGGCCUAUCAGGCCAUGACCGCCCAGCAGCAGAAGAACCUAGCCCUUGCCAACCAGCAGCGCAUCAACCAGCAGCAGCAGUCGGUGCAGCUGACGCAGCAACACCUUGCCGCACACCAGGCUCUGCAGCAGCAACAGCAGCAGCACCACGCCCAAUCGCUCGCGGCCGCCCAACAGCAUCUGGGCAUGGUGUCCGUGAACGCCGCCAACGUGAACAACCUAGCGAACCUGUCGCCCGCCGCACAGGCCGCCGCCCUGCGGGCCCGAGCCGUCGGUACCGGUGGUGGCGGCAGCCUGGGAGGUGUUGGCCGGGCACCGUCCAUCAUUCCGUCGCCGACGGGCAUCACGGCGGCGGCGGCCGCCAGCCUGCGAACGGCCGGGGGCGGAGGCGCCGGUGUGAACGUGGCGGCCGCGGCGUCCGCCGCCAUCCGCAACACAUUGGCCGGUGCCGGAAUGGUAAUACCCAAUAACCUCCAGCUGUCGGCAUCGGCGCUGGCCGCUGCCGCAGUGGCGGGAGGAUUUAGUAAAUACGCGCCGAACUCACUCAACGCCGGAAGAUCACUUCUUGCCAAUACCAACUCCUCAAUAACAAUUCAGAAUGUUUCCAACAUGAAGACAACGAAAACAGCCCAACCGCCCAGCAUCUCGAUCACGCCGCUCCCGCGCCAAUCGUCGUCGAACAGUGCGAACAUGGCGAACAUUGCCGGCGCUUUGUCGAAGCUGCAGUCCCAGGGCACGUCGGCCGUCAAGCCGGGCCAAAUCCCGGGCGGUGGCAAGACCGCGUUCGUGGUGUGCGAAAUCUGCGACGGAUACAUCAAAGACUUGGACCAGCUGCGCAACCACAUGCAGUGGAUACACAAAGUGAAGAUACACCCGAAAAUGAUCUACAAUCGGCCACCGUUAAACUGUCAAAAGUGUCAGUAUCGGUUCUUCACCGACCAGGGCCUCGAACGGCAUCUGCUUGGUUCGCACGGUCUCGUCACCAGCUCGAUGCAGGAGGCCGCCAACAAGGGAAAGGAUGCGGGCCGCUGUCCGGUGUGCGGAAGGGUGUACCAAUGGAAGUUACUGAACCACGUGUCUCGCGAUCACAGCAUGACACUGAAACCUGCCCACCUCUCGUACAAGUGUACCGUCUGUACCGCGACCUUCGGCAUGUACAAACAGUUCGAGAGCCACGUCUACUCGGCCCACAGCACGGUAGCGAAGAAGACUGUGGACAGCAAGGGCAAGGGUGGGGGCAACGUCCAGCAGAGCGCCAUGAACCUCAUCGGAAACUCGGCGGCAUCGUCGGCGGGUAGUGGAACGUCCUCGUCGGGCAUGCGCGGCGGCGGUGGCGAUUCGCUGCUGAAACCGCUCAAGAUCAACGACGAAAUCACGAUCAUCCCGCAGCCCACUUCCAACAGCAGCAAAAUGAUGAAAACGAUCGAGCUCGAAAGUCACGUUAUAGAUUAAAAAUCCACUUCAGACUGCUGUGCCGGACUGUGCACAGCUACACCUCCGCCCCACCCCCCCGGUCCGGAGAAUGUUGGUCUCGUGCGUGAGCUCCGUUCGUCGGUGGAAAACCAAAAGAAAACAGAGCGAUCGCCCAGCUGCUGCGGCCGCUUAGCUGUAUAGAGCUGCUGGACACACUGGGUUCCCUCGGCAUGCUAGGCCGCGCACAGGAGGGUUCCAGCAAGCACGCCCGGGCCGCAAGCCCCGGUUAUGGCGCAGCCACAGCAUCAUGUAUAACGACAGUGUAUAACUAAGCGAGAAAUGAUAAUGUUUUCUUUCCAAUAAUUUCUUUGUAAUGUUUCAUUAGGUAACUUAAUAAUCAAGUAAAGAUUGUGAAAAAUGUAAGAAGCGAAUCACGGAACAAAAGCCCAACCCACACACAUUCAUACAUACACAACACUAUAAAGAGAAAGUAAAACUUGUACAGGAACAAUAAACAUUUUCGGUCGUUUUUUAUUCUUUCUUUUUCAACUAUCUGCGCGCGUGUGUGUGUGUAUGCGU